AUGGCGACGAAGGCCGUGUGCGUGCUGAAGGGCGAUGGCCCAGUGCAGGGCAUCAUCAAUUUCGAGCAGAAGGAAAGUAAUGGACCAGUGAAGGUGUGGGGAAGCAUUAAAGGACUGACUGAAGGCCUGCAUGGAUUCCAUGUUCAUGAGUUUGGAGAUAAUACAGCAGGCUGUACCAGUGCAGGUCCUCACUUUAAUCCUCUAUCCAGAAAACACGGUGGGCCAAAGGAUGAAGAGAGGCAUGUUGGAGACUUGGGCAAUGUGACUGCUGACAAAGAUGGUGUGGCCGAUGUGUCUAUUGAAGAUUCUGUGAUCUCACUCUCAGGAGACCAUUGCAUCAUUGGCCGCACACUGGUGGUCCAUGAAAAAGCAGAUGACUUGGGCAAAGGUGGAAAUGAAGAAAGUACAAAGACAGGAAACGCUGGAAGUCGUUUGGCUUGUGGUGUAAUUGGGAUCGCCCAAUAA